AUGUCGUCCAAAUCAAAGAAACGCUCAAACGAUUACCAGUCAGAUGACGGCUUCGUCGCAAGCGAUUCCGAUGCUGGCGGCCGCUCAAAGCGAGCCAAAACCAGCAAAGCUUCGAAAACCAGCAAUCCAGCCUCGUCCAGCAAGACCGACGCGAAUGGAGAUACGUAUUGGGAUAUCUCAAAUUCACGCCGUGUCACAAUUUCAAACUUCAGAGGUAAAACCCUUGUGAGCAUUAGAGAGUAUUACGAGAAGGAUGGCCAAGAACUGCCGGGGAAAAAGGGUAUAUCCUUGCCGAUCGAUCAAUUCAACGCUUUAAUCUCGCACCUACCAGAUAUUGAAGGAGUGCUAUCGCAGAAAGGCGUCGCUAUCCCCCGCCCCUCUUACGACGGAGCAGCAGCAACGGAAGAGCGCGAAUCACCUAGAACAGGGAAAAAGAAUAUCGAUGCGACGAGCGAAGAAGAGGAAGAAGAAGAUGAAGAAGAUUGA